GGAUUUUGGGGACAGCAGUCAUCUUCCUUCCCAUAAAAGGUUCCACACUGGGGGAAAAACAUGUAUGUGUGUGGAGUGUGGAAAGAACUUCAGUGAAAAGAGAUCCUUUACUGGUCAUAAAAAGAGCCACCCAGAGGAGAAACCACAUAAAUGCUUGGAGUGUGGAAAGAGGUUCAACCUUUGCUGUCAACUUACUUCUCACAAAAGGGUCCAUACCAGGAAGAACACAUAUACGUGUACGGUGUGUGGAAUGAGGUUCAGAAUGAGGAGUUCCCUUACUUUCCAUGGAAGGAUUCAUUCGGGGGAGAAACCCUAUAAAUGUAUGGAGUGUGGAAAGAACUUCAGGUGGACCAGUGACCUGACUUCUCACAUAAGGAUCCAUACAGGGGAGAAACCAUAUAAAUGUACAGAGUGCGGAAAGAGCUUCAGCAGGAGCAGUUCUCUUACGUACCAUAAAAGGAUCCACACAGGAGAAAAGCCGUAUAAAUGCCUGGAGUGUGGGAAGAGUUUCAGUGACUGUAGUGCUCUGUGUUCUCAUAAAAGGAUCCAUUCCUUGGAAAAACCCUACAAAUGCACUGAGUGUGGAAAGAGCUUCAGCAAGAACAGCUUUCUUACUUCACAUAAAAGGAGUCACACAGGGGAGAAACCCUAUCAGUGCACAGACUGUGGGAAGAGCUUCAGCCAGAGUAGUCACCUGACUUCUCAUAAAAGGCUCCACACAGGAGAGAAACCCUAUAAAUGCGCCGAGUGUGGAAAGAGCUUCAGCCAGAACAGUCAUCUGACUUCCCAUAAAAGGCUCCACACUGGAGAAAAACCCUAUAAAUGCGCCGAGUGUGGAAAGAGCUUCAGCAACAGCAGUUCCCUGACUUCCCAUAAAAGGAGCCAUACAGGGGAGAAACCCUAUAAAUGCACCGAGUGUGGAAAGAUCUUCAGCCAGAGCAGUCACCUGACUUCCCAUAAAAGGCUCCACACAGGAGAAAAACCCUAUAAAUGCACCGAGUGUGGAAAGAGCUUCAGGUUGAGUAGUGAGCUGACAUCACAUAAAAGGAUCCACACAGGGGAAAAACCAUAUAAAUGCUGGGAAUGUGGAAAGAGUUUCAAACAGAGCAGUCAACUUACAUCUCAUAAAAGGAUCCACACUAGGAAAAAAGAUGUAUAA